ACACAGGCUGCGCCAGUGUCUCCUACGGCCGGGUUGCAGAAGCCGGAGCCGCCAUGUUGGCUCCCUGCCUGCUGGUUUCCGCGUGUCUGGUGCGGCUGCUCAGCGCCCAGGAACCUGAAAAUCCUCAGCGAAUCACAGAAAGUCAUGAAGGUAUUCUCCCUGUGGUGGCAAACUUCACCCCAGUGGACGUUGCUGUCUACUACGAAACUUUGUGCUCAGAUUCACGUAACUUUAUCAUCCAGCAGCUACUUCCAUCUUACUUAAAAGGACCUCAGCUGCUCAACAUUACUCUGAUUCCUUACGGAAAAGCACAGACUUGGCUGACACCAUGGGGUUAUGUGUUUACCUGCCAGCAUGGACCGACUGAAUGUCAAGGAAACAAGAUCCACGCAUGUGCAGCUGUGAUAGUUCAGGACAAAGAGCAGCAGCUUAGGUUUGUGGAGUGUAUGAUCAGAAAUGACACAGUCCCAGAGGCAGCUGGACAAGAAUGUGCCAGUAAGCUCAACAUUACAUGGAGACCAAUCCUGCAGUGUUCUAGAGGACUGGAAGGAACAGGGCUGCUGAAAAGAUGUGGAGAUGCUACCCAUUCAUUGGAUCCUAGUUUAACAUUCGUACCAACAGUGACAUUAAAUGGGAGCCAAGGUAACCAGACUGCCAUACUUAAUGAUUUUUGGAGGGAAGUCUGUGCAAUUUUUCCAGAACCCAAGCCAACAGAGUGUACAAAUGGAAGGGCGAGUACUGAUGCAGUGAGGUGAAUAAGAAGCAACAUGCAGUUAACUGACAUGUGACACUGUAUCGACACUCCAGUGGAAACAGAGAAGACCCUUCUCUGCAGUCUGCAGUGACGGCUGAGAGCAUUGGGAACUGAGGUUUGAAAUUGUAGAGCUAAGUAUUGUUCUGAUGGACAGAAAAAUGGAAAAAUAAAAAGUUUUGUAAGAUAUAAUACCAGACCCACAAAGAGAACUAUCCGAUAAUAAAAUAAUCAAAAUA